AUGCAGCCUCGUCUCCCACUCCCCACAACAGACACAAUCAUCAGAGUCUCGGACACCCGCCAACAACAACCGAACAUCCGUAGUGAGAGCUACCAGCCACUUCUGGUGCGAUGCACUAAUUGGGAAUACGAGUCUUUACUAUCCAGUGACUGGUCUAUGAAAAGUUGCCGAGGGGCGGCGGUGUCAGUCAAUUGUCACGGCGGCGGCGGCGGUGUCAGUCAAUUGUCACGGCGGCGGCGGCGGUGUCAGUCAACGGUCGCGGCGGCGGCGGCGGUGUCAGUCAACGGUCGCGGCGGCGGCGGUGUCAGUCAACGGUCGCGGCGGCGGCGGCGGUGUCAGUCAACGGUCGCGGCGGCGGCGGCGGUGUCAGUCAACGGUCGCGGCGGCGGCGGCGGCGUCAGUCAGCGGUCGCGGCGGCGGCGUCAGUCAGCGGUCGCGGCGGCGGCGGCGGUGUCAGUCAAUUGUCACGGUGGCGGCGGCGGCGGUGUCAGUCAGCGGUCGCGGCGGCGGCGGCGGCGUCAGUCAGCGGUUGCGGCGGCGGUGUCAGUCAACGGUCGCGGCGGCGGCGGUGUCAGUCAACGGUCGCGGCGGCGGCGGCGGCGGUGUCAGUCAACGGUCGCGGCGGCGGCGGCGGUGUCAGUCAACGGUCGCGGCGGCGGCGGCGGUGUCAGUCAACGGUCGCGGCGGCGGCGGUGUCAGUCAACGGUCGCCACUGUCUGGACCAGCAGUACGCUGCAGUCUGCCAAGUUCACUGGGGCCUCUUCAUAUAUGCGGUGA